ACAACAGCUGAAGUGCUCGAACAUCAGCGUUCAUUUGGUGGAACCUGGUUGGUUUAAGACUAAUAUCACCAGUGAGGAGAACUACUCCCACUUCAUCCAGGCCGCCUUUGAUGGAGCACCGCCAGAGGCGCAACAGGAAUAUAAUAAAGAUUUCAUGCAGGACGUGAAAACCCGUCUGUUCGAAGCGAGAGACGCCCAUGCCUGCAUUAACGUCGACUGGGUUGUCAACGACUACAUUCACGCAAUGACGUCAUGGUAUCCCUACGCACGAUACGGACCGAAUGGUGCUUUUGCUACUGCGGUGUCCUAUCUUCCUGCGCCCCUGUCAGAUUAUAUCGUAAUAAACACAAUGAACCCAGCUAUCAUUCUCGCCAAAAUGGACAUGAUUAGGAAACGCAACCUACCAAAGGAGUCUGAGAAUGAAAAGAAGGAGGAGUGAAGUAUACGGAUAUGACUUGCAGCGUUCCAUGAUGUACGCAGCAUUUGUAUUCAAAAGAAUUGAUGCGCUUGUAACAUAGACGUAGUUCAUACUUGCAAUUUCACCUAAACAAUUUUAUUAAUAUUGAAUUUUGGAAGAAAACAAGAUAAGGCUAAAAUAGAAAGAACUAAUUUGGAAAAGGUAUGCAUCCAUAAAGAUGAAUUGCGCAAUUUAUCUUCCAUUCCGUUUAUCGCCUCGCUUCUCCUUCAUCCCAAACGUAUUUUAUCUCUAGGCAGUUUUGCAUUGCAGUGGAGCGAUUUUGCUUCACCAUAAUACAUUUAUUCACCAGAAUCAAAAUUCGUUGAAAGAGUGAUUAUGAGGUACUUCAAUAAUUCUGGAGGUGGAAAA